GAAGAUGCCAAUAAGUCUUAGCAAUAAUCUACUUUGGAGAAUAGUAUAUCUGUAUCACAAUGGAUAUUCAAACAAGAAAAUAAGAAGUCUCUUAUAUAUUUCUCGAGCUACUGUUGGAAGAGUCUUGAGAAUAUAUAAGAAGUGGGGUUAUGUCAAGGAUCCUUUUAUAGGCUCUAAGGAAAGAAGAAAAUUGUUUGAUACGGAUGACAUGAAA